AUAAGACAGACUCGAUCACACACACAGGGACACAGAAAGAGAGAGAGAGAGAGAGAGAGAGAUACAAGGCCCGGGUGGCGGUGGACGUGGAUCUAAAAAAAGGAGCAGAAAGGCUGAGAUUUGCGGUUGCUAAUAGAGAGUCAGGUUUGUUUAAUGGUGUGUUAGAGAAGGUGAAAAUGGUGAGACGGGUUUAGUGUCGAUGUGUUUAGACUGGAGAGGAUCUGAUCUGAUCCGUGUUACUAAAAAUAAAGAAGAGGAGAGCAAACUGUUUUCUUGCUGCACACAGACACACACACACACACACACACACACACACGCUGGCUUUGUAAGAGACUUCCCCCUGCCAUGAUCAUGGUUUUCUUCACACACUGAACCCGAGGCAAGACAGACAGACUGAGAGGAAUAAACAGAGAGAGAAAGAGGAGAGGAGGGGAGUUGCAAAGGUCGAAGUCUCUGGAAUGACCUGCUCAGGAUGCAGCCAUCGAGCGACCCGUCAGGAGCCCCGGAGGAGCGUGAUUGGCCACUGGCCUUGUCUGGGCGGAGCCUGAGGGUAGACAUUAUCUGUUUUUGGUCCUCGCUACACUGACACUCUGCCCCUUUGGCCUUUGUUCUCUUUCUGAGUAGGAAUGCUGUUGUUUCGUCACACAAGCAGUGUCGGAGAUGGGCGAACUCAGGGGCUAGGCUCAGGUUCAGAGGGCAAAGGUCAACACGGAUGGAUGUGGAAGAACCUUGAUACUGUGGAAAAAGAGUGGGUGAACGUGUGGUGUUCUGCAAGGCAUUAUGGGAAAUGUAGUAUGCCGAUCCUAAGACGGACCUCUGGGAUUUAGAAAUACGUCCAGUUCAUUUUGUCGCUCUGUUGAACUUUAGAACUUUUUAAAAAUAAAUAUAUACAUAAAAUAUAUAAACAGCCGUCGCCAUGCGUCAUAUCCACGUGGAGCUGGUUCGGAAGGAGGCUCAGGCUGGGGACCUGAUGCCGCCCAGCGACCCACAGGUGACCUUUGACCCCCAGCCAAGACCUUUGAACCAGGAAGAGCUGCGGCUUCAGAAGGUUUAUCAGCUCUCCAUCUUUUCCCAGAGAGGAGGGUUUAAAGGAGGAACAAAGCGUGGAUUAGAGGAAGUGUCAGGCCCCGUCGUCGCCCCAAAGCGCCUCCUUCAGGAUGAGGAAGAGGGCGAAGAGGACGAUGAAGUAACGGAAGGGGAAGUGCUGUGUGGAAGAGGCUUCACCCCAUUACUUCCACCUCUCCCCGUAAAAGAUGCUUUUGCUCCAUUGUCACCCAAAUCACCCCCUAUGGUAGACCCUCAUGCACUCCCUACUGCCCCUCUGGAGCCUUCGCAGCCUUUGCGUCCACCCUUAACCCCCACCGAGGCUGUAGAAUGGGGUGUAGAGCUUGAAAAGACCCCACCUCCUUCAGAAAGACCGCCUCACUCACCAUCGCCCCCUUCCUGUUCCAACGGAUCGAGCUGGUCAGACCGGAGCACUGAGGUGAAGAAGAAGAGGCUGCUGUCGUUCAGUGACAUCGGAGACUCAUGCUCAGAGGAUGAAGGACCCUCAACCUCCAAACGCUGUCGUCUGGCGCUGACCCCGGGGAUUGGAUUGGCACCGGGACGCAGCACCGAUUCCAAGGCUGCUCCCUACUGGACACACCUCCUGCCCAUAGCCAGAGAGCAGGGCAAAGGCUCUACUGAGUUUUCCAGAUCGUCCCGGAGGCUAAAGACCAGCGCACGCCUCAAAUCUCGUCAGCUGCGCAGUGGCAGACGCACUGACACCAGCCGAUCGUCCUGUUCAUCGUUGGCCGUUAGCAGGUCACUCCUGGGGAACUUUGAGGAGUCGAUCCUGAAAGGUCGGUUCUCUCCGUCAGGACACAUUGAGGGUUUCACGGCUGAGAUCGGGGCGAGCGGUUCGUACUGCCCCAAACACGCCACUUUACCUGUACAGGUGACCUACUACGACACGUCAGAGCACAGCGCACCCUCGCCCUUCUUGGGUGUGAUCUCACUGGAGCCCCUGGGAAAGAAAGGAUACAGUGUACCUAAAGCAGGGACCAUUCAAGUGACCUUAUUCAACCCCAAUAAGACUGUGGUGAAGAUGUUCCUGGUGACUUACAACUUUGGUGACAUGCCUGUGAAUCACAUGACCUUCCUGCGCCAUCGAAUCUUUCUGGUGCCUGUGGAGGAAGAGGUGGAGUCAGGGGCAGGAACAGAAAGCUCUAUCUCUGAUAGGAAGAAGAUUCUAUGCUACCUGAUACACCUUAGAUUCCAGAGCUCCAAAUCUGGAAAGAUCUACUUGCACAACGAUAUCCGGCUGCUAUUUUCCCGCAAAUCCAUUGAGGUGGACACAGGGAUUCCUUACGAACUCAAGUCCUUUACCGAGGUGCCAAGAAACCCCAAAUACUCUCCGCGGGUGUGACCCUGACAACCUGCAGGAUAGACUUAUAGGAUUAGAAAAUGAUCAAUAAAGCAUUCUGACUUAAGAA